CGCCGGGGACUGAUAAUAUUGACGGACAAGUGUAGUAGAAAACAUGGGAUUGUAGAAACAGCCGUCAAGAAAAGAUUUUCAGACGUUUUAACUUUAACAAGUAAAUAAAUUAUUAUAGCUUCGAGAAUGCUGUGCAAUAAUUAAUUACAUCUAGUUACAUGGUUGAGUAUUCUGUGAUUUAUGUUUUAUUCGGCUUAAAAAGGAAGGUGCAUUCGCUAGAGCAAAAAAGGCUAAACUUAACUUGUAUAUAAAACGUGGAUGGCUCAUCAUAGGCAUGUGGGGUGAAAUCGAACCGUGUACCGGGUCGACGGUAUCGGGCGGCUCCAGUUUCGAAGCACGGGACUACGCAUCAGCGCGUGAAGCGGCGGACGAUGAUGAAAAACCGAAGAGUACACAGGAUGAGUGUCCCAGUGCCUUGUCCAAUAUGAUCGAGGCGGUGGCGGUCAGUGCGAACCCCGUGAAGAGCCAGCAGCUCGGGGAGCCUGACCUGACACUUGAGGAGCGGCGGGCUGUCCUGCUGGAGCAGUACCGAUCCAAGCCCUUGGUCUUCCUGGAGCGUUACCAGGCUCACCUGAAGCCAGAGCACCUGGAUGCCUUCGCCCACCUGAGUGCCGACUGCCGCACCCAGUACUACAGUGAUGAGGUGCGCAGGAGGGCGACCGGCCAGGCCAGCAAGACCAGUGUGAAGAACCACCGCUAUGCCGCCCUCAGGGCCCUGCAGCAGGAGGGCAAGUAUUUCAGCGAGGAGCAGAUGAGGGGCCGAGAGCCACUGCUGUAUGAGCAGUACAUCGGUCAGUACCUGAACGAGGACGAGCUGGCUGAGCGCUCCCAGGGCCUGCUGGCAGGGGGCGCUGGAGGCCUGGCCGACCUGCUCAUCAACUCCUACCAGGAACAGCUGCUCCAGCGCCGCCUGCACUGGCAGCAGGACAAGGAAGAGGGCGCCCAGGAGGAGGAUGAUGAGGAAGACGAUGAGGCCUGUGAAGCCAGGGGUUCGGAGUGGGAGCCCACCCCAGAGGAGAAGGCCCGGCUGCGGGAGGAGUUCGUCAGUCAGAUGCAUGAACGCUUCCUGGAAGGAAAAGAUGAGGACUUCAACUACAGCGAGGUGGACGAGAAUCCGGACUACGACAACCUGGACAUCGUGAGCCGCGAUGCGGAGGAGCGCUACUUCGAUGAAGAGGAAGGCAAGGAAGAGGAGGAGGAUGAUGAAGAGGAUGAGGUGGCGAUGGAUUAGACGACAGUGCUGAGAAUGUGUUCAAACCCAUGGACUGUACAUAGACCGUGUAACUGCGGGAAUAUAAAGUAAGGGUUUGCUGUGAACGUUCAGCCUUUUUGUUUGGUGCACAGUUUGUAUAUAUCCAAGCUGACAGUUUGCAUGAUACGACAUAAUUUCAAAGAAUAAAACAAAAGUUUAACAUUA